CUCAAAACCUCACUUACAGCUAGUGAAAAAGAAAAAAGAUGACUUCAUGUUCGCAAACUGUGGCCGGCAUUCCAGUGGUAGAUUUCUCGAACGCGGACUGCUUGAAGCCGGGGGCAAGCUCUUGGCUCUCAACACGGAAAGACGUUUGCCGGGCACUCGAAGAGCUCGGCUGUUUCAUGGCAAUCCUACCCAGCAAAGUUCCUCCGGAACUCCAAAAAACCAUCUUUGGUGCAUUUGACGAGUUGUUUAAUUUCCCCGUCGAUACUCCUGAGAAGCCUUUCCGUGCUGGCUACAUAACUUCUAGUCCUCGGCAGAAAGGCAUUGGAAUUAUGAAUGGCAAAAACCCUAAAGAAACUCAGGAAUUCACACAUCAUUUUUGGCCAGAUGGAAACGACCAAUUUCGUGAGAGUGUUGACUUGUAUGCAAGAGUGAUGGCAGAAAUAGAUCAAGCUGUGACAAGAAUGGUAUUUGAGAACUAUGGUGUAGAGAAGUACCAUGACGAUCAUUUUCAGUCGACUUCGCACUCUCUCCGAUUUUUAAAUUACAAAGAACCCAAGAAAUUUGAAGUUGGUGUGGGUUUACGCAGUCAUACGGACAAGAACUUUUCCACCAUACUCCAUCAAAAUCAUGUCAAUGGUCUGGAGAUCAAUACAGAGAAUGAUGAGUGGGUAGUUUUUGAUCCUCUGCCUUCAUCCGUGAUAUACAUAGCAGGCGAUGGAUUUCAGGUUUGGAGCAACGAUCGAAUUCGAGCACCUAGGCAUAGAGUGACGCUGAGAGAAAAUGAGGUGAGAUGCUCGUUCGAACUACUUUCAGUUAAUAAAGGGGUGAUACAAGUACCAGAUGAGCUCGUGGACAAGGAGCACCCCUUACGGUAUAAGCCUUUGAAUCAUCUAGAAUUUCUUGGAGCAUAUAGAGACGUCGGUGAAACAGAGUAUGCUGCACAGGCAUAUUGUGCCAUUUGAUCGUUUUCUUUAGUCCACAGAUCGCUCCAAGUUGUUGCCUGUUUGGUUUUAUUCCUUUCUCUUCCA